AAUCGCAGCAAGAUUCCUGAAGUAUUGUCAAAACAAAGACCAAAUUAUGGCAAGAAUCGUACUUCAAAAUAUACUAAAAUGGUGCUAGAUAAACUAGCAGAAAGAAAGGAUCUGUGCGAAAAUUCGAAUAAUACUGAAUCUUGUAAGACUAUUACGAAAACAGGAGAGUAUGAUGUAUGGGCACAAGGUUCAAAGAAAUUUUAUUUUUUUAUGGAUUUUGAACUCCUCAUGAUGGCUCAUGAAGAAGAAGUCGUCAAAUUAAACCUAAUGCAACGUAUCAAUUCUAAACUUCCGUAUUCCGUCGAUGUUUCUUCUUCACUAAACGUAGAAAAUAUGAUUGAAGGAAAUGAUGAAUCAUCAGAAGAUGAUGUUGAAAGUGAAGAAACUAAAGAAAAAGCUAUCCAAACAAAAGAGCAUCGAAAAAAGACAAAGGCCGAACGGAACAAGGAAAAAAGAAAAAUGGAAAAAAUAAAGGAGGAGGAACAAAGAAAGACACAAAAGAACUUUAUGAAAGAAUUUGAAAAACUUCCUGAAAUUAUCAAAACUGUCGAGAAUGAAUGUGCUGAGCAUGAAAAGAAGAUGAUUGAACGGACAAAAUUGGCUGAAGAACCUGAAGGAAAUCUUUUCCGUGAACGAAUGAUUAGUUAUGAAGAGCGUAAUAUUAUCGAGCCGAGAGUACUUGUCAG